GCCCGCUCGGAAGUUGCCGAAGCACGUCCGGAAGUUGCCGAACGAAUCCGGAAGUUACCGAAAGUGAGCAGCGGGGAAGGAGGAUGGCGGAUAUCAUCGCCAGGCUCCGGGAGGACGGGAUCCAAAAGCGUGUGAUUCAGGAGGGCCAAGGAGAGCUCCCCGGCUACCAGGAUGGAACCAAGGCCACGUUCCACUACAGGACUCUGCACAGUGACCAGGAAGAUGCUGUGCUAGAUGACAGCAGGACGUGUGGGAAGCCCAUGGAACUUAUCAUUGGCAAGAAGUUCAAGCUGCCUGUGUGGGAGACUAUCGUUCGCACCAUGCGGGAAGGGGAGAUUGCUCGCUUCCACUGCGAUGUCAAGCACGUGAUCUUGUACCCGCUCGUGGCCAAGAGUCUUCGGAACAUCGCGGCAGGCAAGGACCCGAUGGAGGGCCAGCGACACUGCUGCGGCGUGGCCCAGAUGCAUGAACACACUUCCUUGGGCCACGCCGACCUGGACGCGCUGCAGCAGGACCCCCAGCCUCUGGUCUUCGACAUCGAGAUGCUGAAGGUGGAGAGCCCCGGCACGUACCAGCAGGACCCCUGGGCCAUGAAUGACGAGGAGAAGGUGAAGGCGGUGCCGCUCAUCCACCAGGAGGGGAACCGGCUUUACCGCGAGGGCCGAGUGCAGGAGGCUGCGUCCAAGUACUACGACGCCAUCGCCUGUCUCAAGAACCUGCAGAUGAAGGAACAACCCGGCUCCCCCGACUGGAUCCAGCUGGACCAGCAGAUCACGCCGCUGCUCCUCAACUAUUGCCAGUGCAAGCUGGUGGCACAGGAGUACUACGAGGUCCUGGAUCACUGCUCCACCAUCCUUAACAAAUACGACGGUGACCUAUUUCAAGCGGGGCAAGGCCCACGCGGCCGUAUGGAACGCCCAGGAGGCCCAGGCCGACUUCGCCAAGGUGCUGCAGCUGGACCCUGCCCUGGCGCCCGUAGUCAGUCGCGAGCUGCGUGCCCUGGAUGCCCGGAUCCGGCAGAAGGACCAGGAGGACAAGGCCCGUUUCCGGGGCAUCUUCUCCCACUGACUGGCCUGCCCUGCUCUGCCCUGCCCUGCCCACCCUGCUGGCACGGCUUCUGCUUCUCUGUACAUAAACACCCUGCUCUGCCCAAUGGCUCUGUUCGGCUGGUCCCUGAGAAGGAGCAGAGAGCAGAGCUGGGGGUGGGGGGAAUAUGAGUUUCACUGGAGGCUGAGCUGAGUGUCCCACAGAAACUGAGCUGAGUGGGGGGCCGGAGUGGUAGCACAAUGAUUAGGGUGUUUGCCUUGCACGCAGCUGACCCAGGACGGACAUGGGUUCAAUCCUCAGCAUCCCAUAUGGUCUCCCGAGCCUGCCAGGAGCGAUUUCUGAGCACAGAGACAGGAGUAACUCCUGAGUGCCACCCCCAAAACAAAACAAACAACAAAAAAAUGAGCUUAGUUUGGGGGGGCAAGCACAUGCCCAGGUGGGAGGGCAUCUCACACAGCCCUCCCGCCUCUGACCCCAUCAAUCUCCAGGGCCAGAAGUUUCUGUGAGAAACUAUGUUGGGGCUGUGGGAUCCCCUAAGAGUUGAAGAUUCCUGGUGCAGGGGGGAAGGUAGAGGUCUGCGUUCAGCAUCCAGGAAGGUACUGGCAGAGACGGGUUGGGGGAGCCCCAUUAUGAGAAUUUGGGAAGCCCAGGCUCUAUCUAGGCCCUGCCCUGCCCAGCAGGGUCCCUCUGGGCCAAGAAACAGGAUGCGAGGUACAGAAGGCAGGUCAGGCAGAGAGCAGUUGGUGUUUAUUUUCAUGGACGUACACGCAUGGACACCCCUGCCCACCCCACCCCCCAGCUGUGUCCCCCACGUGAAAGGGCAGUGACACUGAGGGGCAGGGAGGUGCAGGGGGUGGGGCUGGGGGGCAAGUCCAGGCCCUAGCAGCUCCAUGUGGUCUCCAAACACAGUGGCCUGAAGCAUGUGAAUAAAUAAGCCUGUGCCGGGUUGUCCUCA